UAAAGAUGGAUCUCCAGCAGGCCCUGAGGAGCCAAAGCCCACUGACAAAGCACAAGCUGCACAGAGCUCUGCAAAAGCAGCUGAUUCCAAACCUCAAGGUCUGACAAAAGCAGAAAGCAUUCAAGUGAAAGGUGAAGUGAAUAACAUGGAGAAGAGAUGGCAGCAGGAUGCAAUUUGGGAAGAAGGCAGGCUGGCGGAGGCAGUGUGAUGCUCUGGGCAAUGUUCUGCUGGGAAACCUUGGGUUCUGGCAUUCAUGUGGAUGUUACUUUGACAUGUACCACCUACCUAAAGAUUUUUGCAGACCACGUACACCCCUUCAUGGCAGUGGUAUUCCCUGAUGGCAUUGGCCUCUUUCAGCAGGAUAAUGCGCCCUGCCACACUGCAAAAAUUUUUCUGAAAUGGUUUGAGGAAUAUGACAAAGAGUGCAAGGUGUUGUGACUUGGCCUCCAAAUUCCCCAAAACUCAAUCCGAUUGAGCAUCUAUGGGAUGUGCUGGAUCAAAAAGUCCAAUCCAUGGAGGCCCCACCUCGAAAUUUACAGGACUUAUUAUGCUAAUUAUGCUAAUUUACAGGUUCAUAAUUUUAUUUUGGGGGUCUACUAGAAAAGGUUUACAUGCUUUAAUGUUAAAAAAAAAAAACAUAUUAUUUUUUCUCAUACUGUACAUUUCUUUUCCCCUCUCUUCAUCCUCUGGCUCAAAUGCUCUGAUUUAACUCCUGUCUCUUUAAAUCCCCCCUUUCUGAAAAGCCCAGUCUGCUCUGAUUGGUCAGCUGGCCCAGUCUGUUGUGAUUGGUCAACCACGUAGAGCGUGUAUCGGAAAUGUAACGCCCCUUACAAUAACCGAGUUUCAGCUCCCAAGUCUUCCUGGGCAGCUCUGUAAACACUACUGUAACUAUGGUAACAGUGGCGUUGGUUUUUGCCAUACCAGCACUAGCCUGAGUCUGAUAAUGAAAGUUUGCAAGAACAAGCUGAUCGACCCAAACCACCUUCGCAAGCACGACUUGAGCAGGACGUUUCACAGUGGUAAGUUUUAAUUUAGUAGCUUUCUUACAUGUACACUGUUGAUUAUUGUGAACCUAACAAAGCUUCAAGUAAAAGACAUGUAGUGCUUCUAAGUUAGUUAUCUUUUGCUGGAAUGAGUGUAGUCAAACUUUUUUUGCCUGAGCUAUGAACGGAGAACAGAGGCUUACUCCAGUUGGACAUUACCAGCGGUAUUAGGUGAUAGUGAGCAAGUUAGCCAUGGACUAGCGAUAGCAGCUGUAACAUUACAGCUUGUAAUUAUAUAAGACUCUUGAGAUCGACCAUUUUUUUACACAGUUUUAGGUAAAAGCCGGCCCACAGCUGAAUAAUAAACCCUUACCAAAACAAUAGCGUUGCAUAGCAAGUUAGCCGAGCACUACCGUGGAUUGCAGAUGUAAAAUUACCAUUUGUAAAAAUAAAUCCAUCUCCACUCUUGAUCACCAUUCAUGAUUGUAAGAACGACAAACAAUCUGCAUAAUUCGACACAAUUGUAGGUAAAAGUGGGCCCGCCGCUGAUUGGCAAAACUAUUUCAACACAAUAACAUUAGCUAGCAGGUUAGCAGAGACCUACAGCUGUGCACUAGGUGGACACCAUAGCUACAACACAAAACUCUGUUUUUGAACUCUCGGUAGCAGAUAAAUCCACAAAUAAUCAAGCAUACUUACAGGUUGUGAUUCUGAAGUGCCAGAUUGUCCCAACAAAGUGGGAACUGCACCAUCUUUCAGGAGUAACUGUCUUGAAAAUCUGGCAUUGGUUGUGGUUGUGGUUGUACUGCUGAGGAAUAUUGGUCAAAAUAAAUUUUAACCACUGAUUCUUCAAUUCGUCUGCCUUUGAAAGUCCAAACAAAGAGGUUUUGCUUUCUCAGUGAAGAAAACUGUCUUCUCAACAUGGCGACAACAUUAACCCAACUCGGCUAAAACUACGUUUGAGGGCGGGCCAAAGUAGCCCGUAGGUGGGCAUUAUGCAAAUGUGUUACAUAGUGACAGAGAUACUUUACGGAAGAGAUGGCUGGACUACAAUCCAGCCGUUUCUUGUAGUUCUUGAGCAGUGUUGUCUGUGGGAGAGAAUAACUCCCUUUUGUGUGGACUUUGUGCUUUGUAACUUCGCAGUAAUUUUACAUGCACAAAGAGCUAUAUUACACACUAAAGGAAAGGUAAAAUCCCAAAAAGUAUAAUAGGGCCUGUUUAAAUUAUCUGCUGCUAACAUCUUGGUGCCAGAUACCACAGGACACCUUCAGAUGUCUUGUGGAGUCCAUGCCUCGGCGGGUCAGAGCUGUUUUGUGGCAUGAGGGGACCUACCCCAUAUUAGUACGGGCAGUCCUUAAAAAGAGAGAAUAUGGCACCAAAUACAUGCAGAACAAUUUCAUCACCGCAGUCAGAGCUAUGAACGAAUUCUGCCUCAAACCCAGUGACCUUGAGCAGCUUAGAAAGAUCCGUCGGCGUAGUCCCCAUGAUGAUACCGAGGCCUUCACCGUAUUCCUGCGAUCAGAUGUGGAGGCAAAAGCGCUGGAUGUAUGGGGGAGUCAAGAGGCACUUGCUCGAGAGAGGAAUCUCAGGAAACCGGUGGAAAGGGAGUAUGAAGAAAACAUUUUUAGAAGUCAGCAGCUGUUGAAGGAGUAUAAAGAUUUCUGGGGAAACACAAAGGUGAGCAUGGGUCCUCGAUCAGGGCAGAGGACAUUUCUACAAGGGCCGGGAAAAGUGGUGAUGGUAGCUAUAUGCAUAAAUGGACUGAAUUUCUUCUUCAAGCUGUUGGCGUGGGUUUACACUGGAUCUGCCAGUAUGUUUUCAGAAGCCAUCCACUCGCUGGCUGAUACCUGUAACCAGGCUCUUCUCGCAUUAGGCAUCAGUCAAUCUGUCCGAAACCCAGAUGCCAUCCACCCGUACGGCUUCUCCAACAUGCGUUACAUUGCCUCUCUCAUCAGUGGAGUGGGAAUCUUUAUGAUGGGGGCUGGCCUCUCCUGGUAUCACGGCAUUAUGGGACUCCUGCACCCUCAGCCAAUAGAAUCACUGCUCUGGGCAUACUGUAUCUUAGCAGGAUCUUUGGUCUCUGAAGGAGCUACACUGUUAGUGGCCAUUAAUGAGAUCAAGAAGGGUGCACAUAAACAUGGCAUGUCCUUUUAUGAGUAUGUGAUGCAAAGCCGAGACCCAAGCACUAAUGUUGUCCUGCUGGAGGAUGCUGCUGCAGUGCUGGGGGUGGUGCUGGCAGCUGGAUGCAUGGGACUGACCUCCCUUACUGGCAACCCAUACUAUGAUAGUCUUGGUUCUCUGGGUGUAGGCACCCUGUUAGGAGUUGUGUCUGCAUUCCUAAUCUACACUAACACAGAGGCUCUGCUGGGCCGCUCCAUCCAGGCUGAGCACGUGCAGAAGCUCACAGAAUUCCUGGAAAGUGACCCUGCAGUCAGGGCGAUUCAUGAUGUAAAAGCUACAGAUAUGGGACUUAGCAAAGUGCGCUUCAAGGCGGAGGUGGACUUUGAUGGGCGGGUGGUGACACGCUCGUACCUGGAGAAGCAAGACAUUGAACAGAUCCUCAAUGACAUUCAGCAAGUUAAGACACUAGAGGAGCUGGAGAACUUUAUGCUGAAGCACGGGGAGAAUAUUAUUGAUACUUUAGGAGCUGAGGUGGACCGUCUUGAGAAAGAGCUCAAGCAACGCAAUCCUGAGGUGCGACAUGUGGAUCUGGAGAUUUUAUAAUGUCAUAACACAUGAAAGAAUGGUGGGGAUCAAAAAGAAGUUAUCGAACCUCGAGCAACCCCAUUCUCUCCAACCAGUCAGUCAGCUGAAGUCUUACUUUACUGUCCCACAUCCCCCAAACACUAGCCUGUACAUGGUUUCAGAAAGUUUGGUAUGCUAGCAAACCCACAGCCAAUAAUGAGUGGUCUCUGGAUUAGAUACAUGGGCAAGAAUUAUUCUUUUGUAGUCAUUGGCUUUUGGUUCUGUGAUAGUUUGUAUCAUUAGAGCUUUUAAAUUAUGUCCAUGGAUUCUAAAAUGAACAGAAUCUUUUAUCAUUGGACUUCUUGUCCACAGAGCAGCAUAAACAAUAAUUUCACAGAUGUUCUCUUUGUAAUGCAGAGCAAACAGUGGGCAAGAAGAUAUGACUGUAGAAAUAGUGCACUUGAAAGGUAACGUUUUGAAGUGUCCAUUCUGCUAUUUCAAAUCAUAGAUUUAAAUUUUAUUUUUAAAAUGUUGCUUUUUUGUUGUUCCGUUGCACACAGAUGGCAUAUGCAAGGGAUGUCAUCAUUGAAUGGAGUUAAAGGUGCUGUAAGCGAUUUCAGCCAUUCUACUUCCAGAGGCUGAGCUGUUGGAUUAGCCACACCCACUCUUUCCAAAAAACCGAACUCCAAAGCUACCAACAUGAGCUUUAUUGAGAGCAGAAACGGUUGUUAAAAACAAAAAAUAAAAAACUAAAAUAGCGCCCUCAACUGACAACUGUUAUGAACAACAUGGCAUAAAAAUGCAUUAUGCCUCAAUAAUUAGCUGCAACUACAAUACUAUGAGAACGCGCAAAAUGAUUGAUAAGCAGAAAGCGUCAGAAGCCGUAGACAUAGUAGAGCUGUCACAGAGAUAUCUCAGGACACUUAAUUCAUUAAUAUCUUUCAGGGAGUAGGAAAAUGUUUUGCAUGCCUUUCUAUAACAUACAUUCUAUAACUAAUGUAUUGCAAAAAUCAGCUUUUGGAGAGUAGAUCCAAAUUCUAAAUUGAUAUGUUUAUCGAUUUUAAUACUUCAACACACUUAAAAAUGUGUUGAACACACUUUUUUUUUUUUUUUUACUAUAAUGGUAUGUUUUAUACACCAUUAUAAGUAAAGAGAGAACUAUUUAAUCAGAUUUAGUAAAACAGAUACUCAUCGGCCCACCUCAGACCCUUCUGAUGCAGUAUGCUUUGCAAAUCUUCACCUGUUCUAACAGUACUAAAGUUAUUAUGCUGCUUUUGAAGUGCAUUUUAAACUAUUCAGUUGUCAGCAGUGUAAUUUUUUUUAACUGAAUGAAGGAAGUGAUCAUGGAUUGGCGCCCAAAUUCCAAAGAAAAGAUCUGUGUUUCUAAAGUCACUAAAACAAAUCCUGGGGUUGCAUUGUAAAGUUGCCAACCUAGUUUGUGACACAUGCCCUGAUGUUUAUUCCAUUGUAAUAAUAAUCGCAAGUGUUUCAUGUAAGAGUUUGAUAUCAGAAAAAAGGAAAAGGCAUUCAGACCAAAUCCAGUUAAACCACUUAUAAGUACACUUGCAAAAAAUAGAAAAUGUGUUAGAUACAGUUUGUUCUCUCUUGUGCUUUAGUCUACCCAGUAUAAGAUUUUUAAACAUUGUAAUGUGAUCAGGGCUAUGAAACAGUCAAUAUGUUUUCUUCUAACAACAAACAAACAUUUGUUACAUAUGAUGCAGGUUGGAGGAACACAUGCAAGGUUAGCUGAAUGAUGAAAUUCAGGUUAGUUUCGGGGAGGCCUUGAAGAAAAUAUAUAUUUUUAAAUAUGUUUAUUUGACUGUCAGACUGCUUUUUGUUUGGAUCUUUUGAGCUGUUUUGUAGCUGUUAAAGAAAAUGGACAAAUAAAUUGCAAUUAAUUUAUUAAA